GGACCAAGUGCAGUUGGUUACCAACAACCCAUGGCGCAGCUCGUUCGCCAACUGCCACUCUACGUUUCCUUGAAUUUCGUCUAAGUUUCAAUUAUUCAUCGAAAGAUUAAAUUGUUACUUCGAAAUAUUUUAUUGGUCUUACAAAUAUUUAAAAUUUUAAAUUUUAUUUUUUUAAUUAUAUUUUGACACUCGUCGGCUGAUCGUUAAAAAAAAAUCGAUAGUCAUUUAUUCAUCAUUGAUAUUCAAUAAACUUAAAAUUUGAUCACGAUGCAAACGACUUUGAGAUGGUUAAAGUUUUUUUUGAAAAUCUUCGAAAGUAUCGGUAAUCGUUAAAAACCGUACAAUCGAUGAUCCUGAGUCAUUAACGAUAAAGAAAUCAAGAACCGAAGAAACUCGUCUUCCUAAAAUCGGUAUUACCGAUUAUCAAUAAAAUCCGUUUCAAAUUUUAAUAAUCAAUCGAAAAAUUAACGAUUGUCAUAAAUAAUUAUUGUGCAAGAGAAAUUAAUUAAUUUUGAAAAUUUUCACAUAUAUCUAUUUCAUCCUACUCAGUGCCGAUUUUCAAACUUACUUGAUAAAUCCAGCAAUAUUAAAUAUCAAUAUCGCAAAAAUAUCGAAAUUCAAGAUUCGUCGAGACACCCACAUACAAAUUUCUUAAUAUUUUCAUCAAUUCUUUUCCUAAUCUUCUACGUACAUUUCCUAUUUCCAAAUCAUAUCGUACAAGUAUUAACACGGUGGAUUCUAAGCGCUUGCGCGUAAUAUUGAUCGAAGCUCGAAGAGCGUUAGAAAUUCUGGUAAAACAGAAGAAGACAAUGGCGCACCAAGUUCUCCGGCUGUUUAACCUGCUUCCGGUACUCCUCGUAAUUUUACAGUAUGGAUGGGCCAGCAUUUCACUUAAUCAUCCUCGAAGCAACUUCGAAAACGCCUUUGGAUAUCUCCUACACGGAAGACAAUCAUUUGGAAAAUAUGAUCUACCACCCUAUCCCGUGGAAAAUUACAAAUGGCGUGGGCCUGAAAAUCUCGGCCAAAUCAGUGGUAUCUCCGUGGAUCCAAUUGGAAAUCCCGUAGUUUUUCACCGAGGCGACAGAAUAUGGGAUUACAACACUUUCAAUGACAAUUUCGAAUAUCAAGAUCAACAUCGAGGACCAAUCCUACAGGAUACAGUGUUAACUCUCGAUCCAAAAACCGGUGACAUACUGGACGGUUGGGGCAGUGACAUGUUUUAUUUACCUCACGGCAUCCAUAUCGACACCAGUGGUAAUAUAUGGUUGACCGACGUAGCGUUGCAUCAAGUUUUCAAAUUUCAACGGGGUUCCAAUACUCCGAAAUUGGUAAUGGGACAUAGAUUUGAACCGGGAGAAGAUCUUUCCCACUUUUGUCAGCCAACUUCAGUGGCGGUGGCGCCAACUGGUGAGAUAGUAGUGGCCGAUGGAUAUUGCAACAGCCGAAUAAUGGUUUUCAAUUCUGUGGGAGGAGUACGUGAAGUAAUUCCAAGACCAGGAGAUUUCGUUGCGCUACGAGUUCCACAUUCUUUGGCUAUUAUGCCUGAGAACAGAGACGUUUGCGUUGCUGAUCGUGAGAAUAUGAGGGUCAUUUGCUUGGAUGUUGGUCUGGAUGGGUCUGUUGAAAAACGUCGACCACCUCGUACCAUUCAACGUCCAGACCUUGGUAAAGUCUAUGCUAUUGCGUCGUAUGCUAAUUAUCUGUAUGCUGUGGAUGGUCCGAGCUCUCCAAUGACUCCAGCCAGAGGAUACAUUUUGAACCCAAAAUUCGAAAAUAUUAUUACACCUUGGGGUCCUGUAUCAGGAUACUUCAAUAAACCCCAUGGAAUUGCUGUUUGUCCCAAUGGGACGGCACUUUACGUAUCAGAAAUUGGACCUAAUAAAAUAUGGAAAUUUAUCCUCAAUUAACGAGAAAGUAUAAUUAAACGUGGAACCUAUUCUAUGGAACGUGACAGUGGCAAGUAGCAUAAAAUAGUCCAAGAUAAUACGAAAAAAGAUAUAUGUCUAAAAAAAUAGUAUCAAAAAGAAAAUAUCAUUGAGAAAAUAUCAGAAAUGGGAAUAUCAAGAAUUACGUUAUAUACUGAUAGAAGGAUUAUAGUUCUUCACCGAAAGAACUGUUAUUAUUGCAUUAAAUUUUCAACAUGAUUUUAUUAUGCACUGUUAUAUCUUGAAAUUUAAAUAAUUAGUCAUAAGAUGGAUUGAUUGACAACAAUAUUUUCGUACAAUGCUUUCAAUGACGUAAGCUCGGCCGAUAAUUUUAUAAUUGCAAGUCGUUUGUUUCUCAACAAAAAACCUCAACUUGAUAAUAUCUUUCAGAGCGAGUCAAACAUUAUUUGCUGUGCUAUUAAUGUUCGUAGGCCUGUAGCUCCAGUCUGUGUUUUAUGUGACUACUAUAAGCAUUAAAAUCUGUCUGCAUGGUAGUUUUGUUACUACGACAGCACCUAGGACUAAGGCCUUCGUACCAUAAAGUCGUAUUUUUAUAAGAAAACUGGAAAGUAAAGGGAAUAUCAAUGAAAUGCAUAUAAAAUUUGAACUAUAUAUUUAUGCUACAUAAUGGUUUAUCUUCAACUGAAAAUAAGUACUGCAUCGUUAUUUUUGAUAAUUGUUUCUUAUCCGAAAAGAAAAAUAUGAAUUUCCUAAUAAAAUGACAGAAGCCACGUGGCUCAAUUUAACUUAAGAAAUCAACAUUAAUACAAAUCCUACUUUCUGUAUAACAAAGUGCGCGAAACUAAUUUUCAAAAAUUAAAAUACAAUUUUCACGACAAUACGGGCUACGAAAUAUUUUUCUAAGCUAUGAAAUUUUAACAAUUGUUUAGUCAAAAGAAGAAACGCGUGACCACACAUUCUAAAUCACAGUGUGUGUCCACUAUAGCAAUAGCACAAUGAACUAGGUACAUAUAUCACAGGGUUCCAUAUGCCGAGUAACAAAAGGAUAACCCUUAAAAUUUGUUUUCGAAAAUUUCUAAGGGAUUAUUACAAAAAUCUUCUAGAAAGAAAUAUAAUAUAUAUUAUAUAAUUAAUUUAUCCACAGAGCCGCCAGGGAGCGCUAGAGGGCUAGGAAUUUCCGAAAAACUAGGAGUUCUGAUCGGGAUUCGAACCCUAUACCUUCGGACUGCCAAGUCGGGCACUUACCACUGAGCCACCGAGAUCACUGUCCGACUUGAUAAGUCCUAUGUAUUUAUUUUUCGGUCAUUCCUAGGUGGUAUCCCUUCCAGCUCUGUAACGCCACGUUACAAUACUAAAGAAAAUCCAAAUGCAUACAAUGCAAUUUUAAAUUCAUACGUCAUUCUUGCAAUACGUAACAUGCAUUUCAUUGUAUUCCAUACAAUUUGUAGUUCUGAAAUGGAUAUCAUUAUAAAUUAUUAAAUUAGAAUAUACUACGUGUUAAAUAUUCACUCCGAUCUCUGUGUUUCUUCAAGUUCCAAGUAUCAUGGAGGAAUACCAGUACUGGUUACUGAUCUGAUUAACAGCAGAUCCCAGCUGAGUAUGAAAUAUGAGUGACAAAUAGCGUGGAAUAAUAAAACUUAUUGAGAAGACAGUAACCAUAUCUGUCUCGAAGGUAAUUCCAGCUGGAUUAGCUGAUGACGAAUACCUUGCUAGAAAGUGGAACUCAUUGUUGACAAAACUAGUAACCAUUACUGUACUUCUUUCCUGUGUACAUUACCAAUCAUUUAGUACGUAAUUAGUGGAAAAAACAAAAAAGAAUGAAAAAAAAAUAUUAUCCGUUUAUCAAUAGUAGGUAAUUUAUGUCUCUGGUAUGUCUGUGGUAAACUUCAACAUCAAAAUGCUAUUCGAACAGACUUAUACUUAAUGACUCAAAGUCUCCUAGAUAGCGUUUUAUUUAUUUUCCAAUAUCGAUGACUUAGCAAUCAUCAUCAUUAAAAUCUACAAUCCAUGAGAAUUUUGAGAAACUAAAAUCAAUCCUUCUAUUUUAUCGGAUCCAAAAUUGGCAUGCAUCGUGCUGUCACGUUCCUCAAGAGUUUGAAGGAAAAAGGAUUUGCAAAUUCUUGAAUUUGACAUCUCAUUGAGAUACUAACGUUCCUAUACAAAAAACCUAGAAAAAGUGGUACAAGUUUUUUACUGUUUAAGUAAUUUUCAUAAAUUUCGCAGCAUAACACUAUCGGUUGCUACUGUCACAGUCCUAGGGUACAGAACAUGCAGUACCUUAAUCUUUAUAAAAAAUAUAUCUAUUGAUCGGAUCAAACCAACAUCUUCAACAAUUGAUGAUGAUAGAAGUUAUUAGAAAAUUAGCACACUGUACAAGUUUUUUCAUUAAUUUUGGCUUCCUCAUAGAGAAAGCUUUGUGAACGAAUGUGCGUAGUUCUACUUUGCAACUUUUUUAUUUGAAGAAGCACUGUUUUAUAAUUUGUCACCUCUAUAGUUCGCGAGUUAUGUACAAUUGAAUUUUGGUACUUGCAGGAAUAAAAAAUAAAAAAUGUAUAACCUACAAAAAACAAGCCAUGUCAUACACGGCUAUGAAACGCCGUAACAAAUACCGUUGCAUCAUAUUUUCAUUGUGUACAAAGUUUUGGCUUACUUUCUUAAAUUUUGCGGAAGCUGAUGCGAUAACGAUAAUUUUUUGAAAAUUUCAAAAUCACGUAAAAUCUGUACCGCUUUGGCGAUCUUGUCGAAAUUCAAUACCAAACAACACUGAACGUAUCUUCAGUUUUGAAGAACUAUUUAGCUGAAUCGUCGAACCUUUACGAAAGUUAGAGCCACCACGCCCUUUUUUCAAAAAAUUCAAAAUUACAUAAUAUCUGAAUGGCUGCAUAUAUUUCAUUAAAAAUCGCAAUAUCUAAUGAGGGAUAACUACUUUACUUUCGUGUCAAAUUUCGGUCCGAUCGCUCAAACGGUUACUGAGUAAGAGGCGAUUGAAUUUUCGAAGCCCUGCGCGCGCGCGCACACACACACACACAUGGACAUUUUUUCUAAACCACUUUUCUCGAAGUUUAGACCAUUUUGAGUAUUCUGACAUAAAAAUCUCGAAAACAAUUUUUGCAUGAAAACACAGCUUCCUCUAUGAGGAAGCAAAAAAGAUGAUUAACUCGUAAGGACAAUGCAAUUCGCUAAAUAUGCGUGAUCCAUACGUGGUGCAAGGUGGUGGAUUCGAUCCUUUUGCUAAUUAACUGGAACAUUUAGGUUUAACGGGCACAAUAUUGUAUUAGAGUCACUUGUGCGGGGUUCUAACUUACACAUGAUUCAUUUUUUAAUUAUUAUUUUUUUAUUUAUUAAAAGAUUAAAACUUUGGCCAUGUUCUAUGAUCAAAGUAAAAUUUUUAUUUUUUAUAUUAUUCAAUAUAUUCAAUAUAUUAAUAAUUAUAACUAAAAACCCGGUGUAACCAAACUCCAUCAUUCGGAAGAUGGCUCCAAAUUUGUCUGUAAUACCAUACCAGAGUCAUGAUUAGGACUAAUUAUAUCUUGUAGAAUAUUGGUGUAAAGAUUUCCAGCGCUACUAUUCCAGUUAUUCAUUCCAAAGAUACAAUCAUGAUUUUACGGUAGAACCAUGUACGACAUAAGUUACAGUAUAAAAUGUUACAGUAUAAAAGUUACAGUAUAAGUUAUGUGAUACGAUAUAAAAUCAAGUGUUUCGUGAAACUGUUUUAAUCAUAAAAAUUCGCAUGAUUGAUCAAUGAUAAAAUAAUCCCAGGAUAAAUCGUGAGAAAUAAUUCCUAAAACAGAUAAUUAUUCAGCUAUAUGAUGAUUGUGAUCGUAUAGUUCGUAUAAGUGUGUAUUUUCGGAAUACGCAUCCUACGUUUAGAGCACGUACCGGAUGCAGGCAUUAGAAAUUACUAAACUGAUGAUUUAGUGAAAAAUAACAGGAUGCCAGUACUUUCUGUGAUAUGGUAGAGAUACGAAGCUCAGCAAAAGCAUCUUAGGUAAAUAUCAAAUGAACGAAUAAUAUUAGGAUUUUAUAAUAAAAAAAACAAAAGCAGGGGGGAGGAAAAGAAAUGAAAAGACAAUGAUCAAAAUAAUAUAUAUACCUACACAAAUAGAGAGUGCCACCGAGCUGAAACGCCGAAAGAUUUUAUGGGCAUGCUUAAUAUCAUUUGAAAAACCACUUCUUCAUUAAAAAAAACUCAUCGACUUCGACUGUGUCGCUGUUAUACGUGUUACAGAUAAUCCAUUUACUGUUUAAAGUGACUGUGUCUUCGUAUCGAUGUCAUUACUUACGUAACUACUUAUAGGUACAGCCUUGUUUAUUAAUAAUGGUAAUCUGAAUUACAGUGAUUCUGUAUUGUUUGGGCUCCAAUAGAACAAAAAAUUACUAGUAAUUCUGUUACCUUAAUUAAUGAACAACCCUGUACAUUGGCCGUGUUCGUAAUUAUGAUUACAGGCCAUAACAGUUUUUCCGCAGUACUGUUUACAUGGUACAUAAUUAAAAUCAAUUAAAUUAAGUGUAAAGGGCAUUGCGGUGGGAAUUCAUGUGCAUAAACGCACAUGACAGACGUAGGUGGAACCUGUACAAAAUAGGAUGAUGCCAUUGCAUAAUAAUAAUGAAAAACUGGAUUAAUCAAAUAGGGUAUACAUUGAAAAUGGAGUAAGCAGAAAUAUAUUUGACAGUUAUGAAAUAUCCUACAAUAAGAAUUGCUUGAUGUUUAAGAAAUUGCUGUUCAAUAUUGUCGCUUCGUGAUACUGGUAUAAAUUAUGACCACGUGACUAUUUAAGAAUUUAAAAAAAUUACUGAUCCGUCGUCAUGUAUACACAUAAAUGUUUGACGUAUAAAUGUGUCAGUAAGAAAUUCAUACGGUAAAAUUGACGUAACAGAAAAUCUUGUUAAUAGUGGGCUAUAAAAUUUUGUCAAACAACUAUUUGCUUUUUGCGUACAAAUAGAGUUAUACUCGAAUAACGUGUUCAAAUGUACGUGCUGUAUGUCUGCGCCAUCUGUAUUGCUCGUCGUAAGUUCUCGAGAGACAUUUCGUUCAUAUAUACAAUUCUAUGCACGCUUGUUAAUAUAGUAUGUAUAACUGCAUUGGUACGCACAAAGCGAAUAGAGAAAACUAAUCUUAAUACUGAAUAAAUUGUUAUAAGAUUAAUUCCUAUCUUUUUCGUGAUUGAUCGUCAUAUACGAUCUGCCGUACCAUGGAUUUGCCGGAUCAAUUAUAACAUGAAAUUGCAUGGUGAUUUUUCCUCUUCUUAAACCUCUCUGUGCUGUUGUCAAAUAGCAGAGUUGCAUAGCUGCAUUCAUCGAUAACUCGAAUUCAGUGUUAACAUUUAGAUAAUCGUAUAUAAUAUGCGACAGAUUUGCAUACAUGCAACGUCACAACAACAAUUCGAAGACCCAAUGCAUUUUGAUGUAUUUAUUCAAAUGGAAUGUUUCUAUGUAUUUUUGUAAGUCUUUCCCUCCGAGCUUAAAGAUUCAGAUAAAAAGUACUUGCCAAUUCGGAGUAAACGUUCAGUGCGUAACAGAACGAGCUUGUAAUAUUUUUUUGGAAACAGAUAAUGCGAAGAAUUUUAAGUGAUAAGAACAAAGAUAUUAGUACAAAAGUUUUUUCAAAAAUUGUUACCCGAUAGUUGAUCCAAUAUGAAUUUUUUUUACUUUUACCACGAUUAUAAUUAUUUAUAACUAAUACCACUCAAAUCUGGUUGAAACUGUAAAUACAAAAUUGUACAUCGAGUAUCCGCGAAGACUUAAUUUCAAAGGGUUGACGAACAAGCAUACAAAGAAACAAAGAACAACAAUUGACAAAGGUGCCAGUGCUUCGAGUAUACUGCACCAAUAGCAGCAACAAUAAUAGGACAAAUUACAAAAUCACGUAAGUAACAGUUGUGUACAAUGUAGUCCGGCAGGCUAUAGACACAUGUAAAAAAGAGACUGCUGUGGCUGCAUUUUGCUACUGUACAAAACUAUUGUUGCUGCACAUUGACGUAACACCAAAAAAAAAAAAAACGAAACUUGUUGACAAAAGGGACCUGCGUGUGGAUGUUCAAAGGUCCUAGUUAAACAAGACGUAAUACAAUGUAUCUAUACUAUGCACGAACGUGCAUUGAGAACAAUGACAACAAAUUGAAGUUUGUUCACGACGUUAAAGAAAUAUAGAAAAGGAAGAAAAUAUCGAAAAUGAUAUUAUUAGAGAUCUUGGGCAGCAUCAUAUAUCUUAUCUAUUAUCUAGUGACGCUGUUUAGAAUAUUGAAAAUAUGAUGAGCUCCUAAUGACGGACUCAAUAUCAAAUGAAAAAUAUCAUUAUUUACUGCUGUAAAACAAAGAAGCAUCUUUGGAACGGCAUGGACCUAUGGCUGCUGGUAAGCCAUGUUCUAUUUAACGUGUCAAUCAAAAAAUUUGACCAAUGACGUUAAGAUAAUCAAUUUAUUCCCUGAUAAUAAAGUUACAUGUAGGUUGCGAAAAUCUUGAAAAGGUAUUGUACACUGUACAAUGAGGCACACAUGCUGGAAAUAUUAUCUAUAUCAUAUCAAUGUUGUGUUGUGUCGUAUAUAAUUCUUGUCUAAGAUUAAUGAGAAUGUAUAAUAAUAACUGCACAAUUUUUGUUAUUGUAUGUCAAAUAAUAUUUGUAUAGAUGUAAUGUAUUUAUUUUUGCUAUUGCACGAUUGGCGAUUAUGAUUUCCAUUGUUUAUGCGACAGCGAACGACACAUGGUAGAAACGCAUUGCGAAUUCAAUUCUAAGUAAACGCACGCAACAAUAACUUUGCACUAAGUAUUUAAAGACUUUUUAUUAAAUGUAGAGGCUAAUAUACGAAUGAUUCUGUUGACAAUAAUUAUGGGGAAUUUUUAAUCGUGUAACGUUAAGGGUGUUUCAUCAUCAGGAUUACGAAAUUUUAUGUUUUCAUCUUUUCAUUAAUAUUAGCUCACACAUACACUCAGUGAUUUCCAAGGAUGGGGGUUGAAUUAGCGAUGCAGCCUAAAGGCUACUUUCAUACUGCUCUGAAGGUAGCCUUUGCUGAAAAUUUAUUGUAAACGGUAGCUCGACGAACAAAAUGCGAUUUUUCUGCAGAAUAAAAAAUUCGCUUUAUGCUCUGUGGAUGUACCGUGUGAAUAUCACGUGAUUAAGCAGAUUCGAUUUACUUGAUUUUUUGUAUAAAUCAAAGGUUCUCUACGACUGGAGAACUGCGAGAUUUAUAUAAAAGUGCAUUUUCUUCGAGAAAACAAUUUUUUUUAUUUGUCGCUUCAGCGAGUCUACGGCUGUACAGUAACUCGGGUGGUCUCUCCGCCGUUACGGUACUUGGCGCGAGACUGCUGAGUUUCUUGAUCCAAGCAUCUUUUUUCAUGAAAUUGUUUAUUUGAAACCUAAUUUUCUAGUCAAUACUUGGCAAUUGUUAAUUUUCAGAGAUUGGUUUAAUAAUUAAUCUUCUAGUGGUGUCUCGAUGGGUGUACAUUUUUUAUGACAAAAAAAGAUGACACCACUGGAGGAAUAAUGGUCUUUACCUUGCGUUAAUUUGCGUUGAUUGCCGUUUGAUGCAAGAUUUUAUUAAGUCUCCCGAUUAAUGGUCCGAAAAAUAUAGAAUAAUUAAAAUCUGUGAUUAAAUUAUAUCUUAAUUUUAUUGCUGUUAAAUUUAUUGCAUUGUAUAAAAAAAAUGAAAUAUAUGUACAAAAUAAGGAAUUGUACUAUCGUUCAAGAGAUUAUUAGGUUAUUCAAAUUUUAUCUUUGACUGGUUCAGGUAAUAGAAAUUCUGUUACAAUUUGUAAUACCUGACAUAUAAAUUUCAUCAAAUCGUAACGUUUGUGAUAAAUGCCCUUAAGAGUAUACGAUUAAUGGCUGGAGUAGGGAUACUAUGGUCUCAUGUUUGUAUUAUAACAUUAUAUUGUAUUAAGAAAGUGCAAUAUGUUUAUAUCAGGUGUUUCUAGCGAUUAAAUUUAUUUAUAAACUAAAAAUCGUACUGAAAAAUGCUUAUAAAAAAGUUUCCCCAAAUUAAUAAGUUCUUUCUCCGAAUAAGAAGUUCAUUUUUGUUAUUUAAAUAUGUAUGAGGCAUUAAAAGAGGUCGUUCGAAAAUAAUUACAAAAAAUUGCAGGUAAUUAUAAAUUUUACAAUUUUCAAAUACCGUAAUAAUAACAUCAUUCGUCAUGAAGGCUCAUUUAAAAAAAGGAAUAAACUCCAAAACCUUGUUUAUAAAUUCUAAAUACCUGAUGCAUUAGCAUUUUUCAAAAUCGAAACACCUGAUGAAAAGACUUUGUAAAUCACAAAAAAGAAAUACAUUACUUGAUAGUAUCCCAAA